CCGAGGACCCUGAGCAGAGAGACGCGGCCACUGGCUCUGCUGCAGAGGAAGUGCACGACUGAAUCUACAGCCAGAAGUCUCAGAGACAGAGAGGGAGAUGAGCUGUGUCAGAGUCCAGUCUUGCUCUGGGACGGCAGACUGACUGAAACUACCGGGAAAGCACUCAGUUUUCACAGCUGUGCAUCUCUGUCACUCUGGAGUCAUGAGCUCAAAGGGGACGAACCUGCACAACAAACGUCUUCCCUCGGAGACAGAACAUGCACAGAGAGUCCCGGACACAGAGUCGGCCCAGCAAAUGAGGCUGAGAGAGAGACAACGAUUCUUUGAGGAGGUGUUUCAACACGAUGUGGAUGUCUACCUCUCCUCUGCACACCUGCAGAUAGAUUAUAAGAGACCUCCCUUAGGAAGCAUCUCAUCAAUGGAGGUGAAUGUCGAUAUGCUAGAACAGAUGGAUCUUAUGGACAUCUCUGAUCAAGAGACCUUGGAUGUCUUCUUCAGUGCCAGCGGAGAGGAAGGAGCACUGACAUCUCCUCUUCCAGCUCUUGGUCACACUGACAUAAAAGAGGAAGGAUUGCGGAGAAAUGACGUGUCCUUGAGAAUUUCUGACCCUUGUGAGAUCAAAACACGUAUGUUGUCAACUUCUUCAAACUCCACCUGUGACAGUCAGGCCUCCAAUGAGGACGGAUCAAACACUCCUGUCGUCCAAUCAGAUGAUGAAGACAUGCAUGAAGAUAGCCUGUUGCAAACAGGGGUGCCCACAGGCAACAAUGAAGAGUCCCUGCCCUCUGACCUCUCAUUAUAACCUGCCUUGCCAUUUAUUACUGACGGUUUGGGAAAAGUUACAUGUCUAGGUUGAGACUGUUUUAGGGUUGGGUUGAGUAGUUUUAGCCAUAAAUCAAUCUACCGAAGACCUUCAUGAACGUUGCGAAAUGUAACACAUACAAGGCUCAUAUUACGCCACACAGGGAGUGUCACACUUCGACAGACCUGUAUUGUUGUAUUGUCAUUUGCGUCUUAUCAUUUAACUGUAUCAUUUGCUCUUUUGGGGGAAAAAAUAUCUGCAGGUUUAUUGACACCACAUACACACCACAAAUAUUUUGCAAUUCAUUUUUACAAAGAUUGGUGCUGAUCUGUAGUGACACUAAAUGCAAACAGGGGUGCCCACAGCCAACAAUGAGAGACUAAAACUGCUGAGGUGAGUCUCACACAAACAUUUCACCUCAAAUAUUAAAAGAAAACAAAACAUAGAGAAAAUUAAUCCUCUUAUUUAUACCAUUAAAAGGUAUGUUACAUUUUUCAUUUUUGGUUUCAUAAUUUCAUAAGGAAUCAUUUCAUAAUUGUCAUUUUUGGUAGAACUAUCUGUAUAAGGUUUUUUGUAUCUUGGCAUUAUUUUACAUUUAGCAUUUGGUAGACACUUUUAUCCAAAGUGUCUAUAGCAUUGAAGAUAUGCAUUUUAUCAGUUCAUGCAUUACCUGGGAAUCAAACCAUGAUCUUGACGUUGUUAGCACCAAGGUCAUGCUCUACUUUUUACCAUUCUUUCCUCUUUUUUUGUGAUUUGUGUUAAUCUUAAUGGUGAUUCUCAUCAAUGCAUUACUGUAUUUUUUUGUUAUUACAAUAAAAA